AUUGGGAAGCUGGGGUACCUGGGGCAGCUGGGUCAGGAGCUGCAGCACCCACAAUCACCACUCCCAGAGCCCGUGGAUGGACCCAUCUCCCAUAGAACUUUAAAAAAAUACAUUGGAUAUUUAUACUCUGAAUAAUGGGAAGAAGCUACAUAGUAGAAGAAUCAAUUGGACAGUACCUUUUAAACUUCAACAAUCAUGAAAAGGCUUUUGUCUCAGGUCUUUUGAUAGGACAGUGUUCUUCACAAAAAGAUUAUGUAGUUCUUGCCACUAGAACACCACCCAGAGAAGAUCAGAAUGAGGAUACAAGAUCUUCCCAAUCAAAGCUGGAUGACUUAGAUGAAGAAUGGACUACAACGCAUGCCAAUCAGGUAUCCAGAAUGCUACCAGGAGGGUUAUUAGUUCUUGGAAUAUUUAUUAUUACUACUCCAGAUCUUGGGAAAGAUGUUCAGAAUGCCCUACGUAGGCUACUAUUUGCCGUGGAAAAAUCUAUAGCUAAAAAGAGACUAUGGAAUCUCACAGAAAAUGACGUCUCAGACCGAGUCACACUUCAUGUUUGUUCAUCUACCAAAAAAAUAAUUUGUCGAACCUAUGAUAUUUGUGACCCAAAGAGUUCAGCAAAACCUGCAGACUGGAAAUAUCAAAAUGGACUAUCUUCUUCAUGGCUUUCUUUAGAUUGUAAAAUUCAUGUUAAUAUUCAUGUCCCACUUUCAACUACAACUGCCAACUAUCCCCUGGAGAAAAAUACAAAGAAUGGACUUGCACGAUGGGCCAAGCAAAUUGAAGGUGGUGUAUAUUUAAUCAAUGGUCAAGUUAAAGAAGAAGACUGUGAACUGCUAGAGGGACAGAAAAAAUCUUCUAGAGGAAAUACUCAAAUUACUAGUCAAACUUUUGAUGUCAGAGUUCUAACGCAACUGCUCCUCAAUUCAAAUCACAGAUCUACAGCUACAGUCCAGGUCUGCAGUGGCUCUGUAAACCUCAAGGGUUCUGUGACAUGUAGAGCCUAUAUUCACAACAACAAACCCAAGGUUAAAGAUGCUGUGCAGGCAUUGAAGAGAGAUAUAUUGAACACAGUGUCUGACCGUUGUGAAAUACUAUUCGAGGAUCUUCUUAUGAAUGAAACUCCAGGCAAAAAAGAUUCUGAAAAAGAAUUUCAUGCUCUGCCUCACCGAGUAUUUGUCCCCAUUCCUGGAUCCAGUGUAAUGCUGUGUGAUUAUAAAUUUGGAGAUGAGUCAACUAGGGAAAUUCAGGAAAAUUUUAUGGAAUUGUUGGAUCGGCAUGUAGGAGUAGAUGACCUAGAAAUUGCAGAGGAAAUUAACACAGCUAGUAUACAUUCAUGUAUGAAAAGGGAAGACAUACUAGACAACACAUAUGAUGGUCAACCAAAGCAUCUGGCUAAAACUACAAUGGCAUUGAGAAUUCAGCAAAACCUAGGCUUGGCGAUAGCAGCGGCAGUGGCGCUCCUUGCUGCAGGCUUCUCCUUUCAUUACUUCAGUGACUAAUCUCAGCCACAGGAGCUUUCUGCUUAUUGUGGGAACUUUGACGGGGAAUGAGAGGCUGAUCCUGAAGAGACAAGCAAGACCAACAUCCAAACAUGUUUGCAUAAGUGGCUAACCGCCGUACUUCUGACUUGUUGUAAAGUCUCGAGCUGCCUUGUGUGGGCAUACCAAGGUGUAGGUGUGAUAGGUAAAAUGUAAAGUAAAAUGACUUAUCUAGCUAAAAAUUUAAGUUACGUGUCUGCCAGCCUCAGGUCCGGAGGCAUGAUGUAGGAAAGCCAUUGGCCAAUGGAAGGGUCUGGAAGGAUCUGGGGGAGAGUCUCUCUGGUCUGGCUCUCUCUCCAGCCAUCCCAGCAGCAAUUAGCUUAAUGGCAAUCUCCCAAGCUGCAGGCAGGAUCUUUAAGUUAGAAAGGCUGGAAACCUUAUUUCUCUUUUUCUCUUUACUAAUAAAUGCUUAUAAAUUUAGUAUAAAGUCUUCAAGAUUAAUUCUUUACCAUAAAGAAUAAAAACAGAAAUAACAACAAUAUGGUAUAGUGGAAGGACUAUUGAACUUGCAUUUGAAUCCUACUUUUAAUACUUAUUAACUGUGAGAACUUGAGCCAAUCAUUUUAACUUCUCUAAGUUUUAGUUUCCUCAUUUGUAAAUGGGGAUAAUCCUACUACCUACCUCACAGGGUUGUUGUGAGGGUCUAAGGAAAUGUUUAAAAAAUGCUUUAGAUGAAAAGCACUAUAUACAUAGGAGACAUGUAUUGUUUUGAAUUAUGAGUUGAUACCAAUCAGGAUGUUCCAUGGAAUCUCAGUUCCAUGGAAGGAUACUUUAUGUUCCUCAUGAGGAAGAAUGACUGGGCAGAUCACAGAGUGGGAAAGAAGGCCUAUGAUGUAGGCCAACGCCUCGGGCCCUCAACUGCAGGCAGAUAGAAUGGUCCAAGGAAAUCAUGUGGGGAUCAGGACUGUGUAGAUGCUAUCUCUAUCUAUUAGCAUAUUAUGAUUAUCUUUUUAGACCACGCUGAUAAAACUUUGAAGAAUAUUUUAAAUGCUCUUCUAAUUAUUCUGUUUAUUGUGUCUUGCUUAAAGAUUAUAAGCCUUUAAAAAAAGUUAUAACUUUAAUUAGAAAACUGCAUCAGUGCACCUGAUUGAUUUUUUUUUCUUUAUAUCCUAUGAUAAAUUAGUAUUCUUACUGGGAAAAUUCAAAAGAAGAUAUUAAAAGUUAGCCAGAAGUAAUCAAUGAAUCCUCAUAUAUGUGUAUCAUAACCCCAUAUAGAAGGUAAUAUCUAUUACAAUAAUGUAAAAUAAGCCAUUUGUGUAUGCUUAGCACCUUGGAGAAAAGGAUAUGAAACACUACUGGGGACUCGGGAUGGAACCCCUUCUUUCUGCAGUUUUACCAGAUGUGUUAUUCACCUUACUUCACUGUUUUGUUGUGGGGUCCACUUGAAGUGUCCUGAACAAAUGCUGUUCCCACUAUUGCCGACAGAGAAGCUGAGGCUUAGCUCGUCAUGACCUUCAUAUUUGUCCUUAAUCUUCAUGCCACAGACAUUUUUCUUCCUUCUUGCAUUCAUCCUCCAGGACUAUUCCAUUGUCCUGGGAAUGUUUUUGAAGUAAACAUGACAAACAAAUGCUAAUAAAGCACUUGCUCAUUGAACCCUAUGCACAGUAAAUUAAGCCAUGCUUUCUAAUGCACUCUCAGCCCACUAAGUCACUGCAGAACUUAAGCCUUCAUAAUCAGUCUUAAAAGCUCAUUUUUAGGAAUUUAAUAGGAAAAAUAUUCCUAGCCAAUGUCAUUGCCAUGUGUUGCCUUUGACAAUAAGAUCUUUUGUUUGCAAAUUUGUGGCGGGGCACUUAGUGAUGAGAAUGGAAGGAGUUUAAUCCUG